CGGUAACCUCACAUGAACAGACAAUUGCGAAACCGCGAUAAAUAUAAUGAAGACAUAGAACCAUAAUAAGAUCAAUCAAUGUUGGUGCGUGAGCCCGACCAAGAAUAGAUCUUGGACCAAACAUGGACCAUACUCCAAUCCCAAGUCGCCUAGGCAUAUUCCGGCUCAAAGAAGCCGACACAAAAUCAGGGCUCUUUUCGCGACUCGGUAAGAAGUACAUAUUCGCAGUGGCGGAGAAAUACCCCCUGAAUUUAGACGACGCCCUGGUCCUCGUCUAUUUCCCACUGAUACCCUACGGUUCAAGCGAUGCCAUAAUCUUUACAAAAAUUGAAUCCGAGAGAGGAUUCCGCAGAUAUGCUGCGGUUGUCGCAAGGGGCGAUCCGCAGUUCGCAAUUGAGAUGCGGCAUUGCCCGGCUGAAGAGGCGACUAGUAAGUACUCUGGGACACAGGGCUCAGUUUCUGAGAGGUUAGGGAUUCAUGGAUCCCCAGUCCCUAAUAAUCAAGAAAAAGCACGCUUUCACUCACUCGCGGACGUGAUCUCCCAACGUCAAGACAAGAAGACAAUCGACACAGUCAAAAUCGGUCUCAAAUUCCGGCGAAGUUGGGUCGGAUCGCCCGAGUACACGGAGUGGAAAGAAGAGGCCGGGACUCCCGUGAAGUACAGGACUGAGGAUUUCAAAGUAUGGGACGACACCAACGCCCAGAUCGUGAUGUUGUUCCAUCACUUCAACCGAGCUAAGAAACCCUCAGGGGCCAGAUUUUCCAUAGACCUGGUGCAAAACAGCGGCAAUUCGAACGGAUAUCUCAUCCAUCAGGAGCACGUGCUUCCGGUUCUCGCCAAGGCCACGAUGCAUGCUCUCUUGGCUUGGAAUUAUUGGACGCAUGAUCUGCAGGAAGCAUCACCGAUUCGGAGAGACGAAGAAGAAUCUUCUUGAUGUCGCUGAGGAAAGUUAUUGGACGUAGACAUUCGCUGUCGACGAUGUAAAGGGUAGCAAUCACAAUCCUUCUUCUCCAUCCCUCUUCUUCUCUUAUCCUGCUCACAAGGUAAGGUACUCCUUAUUGGAAAGUCUAUUAUGUGGAAUGUGUUGCAUAGUUCUUUAUCUCUUUGUUCUAAAAUUAAGAAAGAAAAAGAAAAGGUG